AAAUAAGAUCUAUAUAUAUCUUAGCCUCAAAGAUGGAAAGUUUGAUAAAUCCCAUGUGCACCACUCAACAGCUCAGUCAACUAGCAUGCUAAUAUACAAUGCAUUAUAUGCAACUAUCAAUCCAGAAACAGAUAACUAAAUUCAAAGCAUUCAUGAUUGGUUUCAAAGACCAAAUGCAUGCAUAGUUUCUAACAACUAACAACUCAUUAUUGUACAAACAUAAAUUAUUACUCACAUGUUUAUGUUUAUGUUUAUAAAUACCAUAGUUUUAUGUGUCUCACUUCCUCACAGUUUUAGCCUUGUUCCUUGUUUCUCUCUAUGCUAUGCAGGCAUUAGAUUAGAUUGAGUUUUAGAUCUUUUAGUAUUGGGAUGUGUGUUCCUAGAUUUGGUCUUUGAUUCUUUUUAGCACUUCGAUAAAUUCCAUUGGUUCUCUCAUUCAUUAGUACAUUUUUUGUUUUAUAGAAUAAUAAUAAUAAUGGGUUAUUCCAUAUUCUAUAUUGUUUUGUUUGUGUCCAUUUUCUGUGUUGGAAUUUCAUUGGCUUCUUCUAUAGAAGAUCAAAAGAGAGAUAAGAUUAGGCAGUUACCAGGGCAACCAAAGAAUGUUGGAUUUGAACAGUAUUCAGGCUAUGUGACUGUGAAUGAACAGAGUGGAAGGGCACUGUUUUACUGGUUAAUUGAAGCACCACUGAACCGUGGACCCAAUUCAAGGCCAUUAGUUUUAUGGCUUAAUGGUGGUCCUGGUUGUUCUUCUAUUGCUUAUGGUGCUUCUGAAGAAAUUGGUCCUUUUCGUAUUAGGCCUGAUGGCAAAUCACUUUUCUUGAAUCGUUAUGCUUGGAACAAUUUGGCAAAUAUACUGUUCCUUGAUUCUCCUGCUGGUGUUGGUUUUUCUUAUUGUAAUAAAACAACAGAUCUGUACACAUUUGGUGACCAGAAAACAGCUGAGGAUGCAUAUAUCUUUCUAGUUAAUUGGUUUGAAAGAUUUCCUCAAUAUAAGCAUAGAGAAUUCUACAUCGCUGGGGAAAGUUAUGCAGGUCAUUAUGUUCCUCAAUUGGCUCAAAUUGUUUACCAGAGAAAUAAAGGAAUCAAUAAUCCAACUAUCAAUUUUAAGGGAAUUAUGGUUGGAAAUGGUGUUACCGAUGAUUAUCAUGAUUAUGUUGGGACAUUUGAGUACUGGUGGACACAUGGUUUAAUUUCAGAUUCUACAUAUAGGAUUCUAAGAAUUGCAUGUGAUUUUGGAUCAUCUCUGCAUCCAUCAGUGCAAUGUUUUCAGGCUCUUAGAGUAGCAGUUGCUGAACAAGGAAACAUUGAUCCAUAUAGCAUUUAUACUCCGCCUUGUAACAAUACCGCAUCACUCAGAAGUGGCUUGAACGGUCGUUAUCCAUGGAUGUCUAGAGCAUAUGAUCCGUGUACCGAAAGGCAUUCUGAUGUGUAUUUCAAUCGUCCAGAAGUGCAGAAGGCGCUUCAUGCCAAUGUUACAGGGAUUCCAUAUAUUUGGAAGACAUGCAGUGAUAUUGUUGGGAAUUAUUGGACUGAUUCCCCAUUGUCUAUGCUUCCUAUAUAUCAUGAACUUAUCAAUGCUGGUCUCCGGAUAUGGGUAUUCAGUGGAGACACUGAUUCUGUAGUUCCACUGACCGCAACUCGAUAUUCUAUCGAUGCCUUGAAGCUACCAACCAUAAUCAAUUGGUACCCUUGGUAUGAUAGUGGCAAGGUUGGUGGAUGGAGUCAAGUUUAUAAAGGGCUCACACUGGUAACAAUAAGAGGUGCUGGACAUGAGGUUCCUCUUCAUAAGCCUCGCGAAGCGUUUAUUCUUUUCAGAUCAUUCUUGGAGAACAAGGACAUGCCAUCAUCAAGCUAAUGAGAAGCGUUUGUUCUUUUUCACUUCAAGUACAGAAGAACCAAAAAAGUACCUUACAUUCUUAAGAAUAACUUCAAUUCAUAUACAUGGAACAGGCUGAGACAGAAUAAGGAAUGCAUUUCUCAUGAGUUCCAUCUUGCAUCUCCGCCUGGAAAUUAAAUUUGAUAAAUCUACCAAUAGUAGUUCUUCAAUUGAAAAUGUGAUUAUUUUUAUAGAAGUGUUAUUCUUUAUUUAGUUUUCACUAUGCAAGAUUAAUGUGACAUCUUGUGCAGAAAACUGUUCUCAUAAAUGAAAAGUUUAAACUUUGCAUUUAGCUCCUGGAUGUCAACAUUAGUGCUCACAUUUUUUAAUAUGAUAUUACUUCACACAUUGUUGCCGAUUUUGUUC